AUGUCGGCGGCGCAGGUGUCCUCGUCCCGGAGACAAUCUUGCUACCUGUGCGACCUGCCCCGCAUGCCCUGGGCCAUGAUCUGGGACUUCUCGGAACCCGUAUGCCGCGGUUGCGUCAACUACGAGGGCGCCGAUCGCAUCGAGUUCGUGAUCGAGACCGCGCGCCAGCUGAAGCGGGCGCACGGCUGCUUUCAGGACGGCCGCUCCCCCGGGCCGCCGCCGCCCGUCGGGGUCAAGACGGUGGCCCUGUCGGCUAAAGAGGCGGCGGCUGCGGCAGCGGCGGCAGCUGCCGCCGCACAGCAACAGCAGCAGCAACAACAGCAGCAGCAGCAACAGCAGCAGCAGCAACAGCAACAACAGCUCAACCACGUCGAUGGUUCCAGCAAGCCUGCGGUGCUGGCGGCCCCGUCCGGCCUGGAGCGCUAUGGCCUGAGCGCUGCCGCCGCCGCUGCCGCCGCCGCCGCCGCCGCGGUGGAGCAGCGCAGCCGCUUCGAGUAUCCUCCACCGCCGGUGAGCCUGGGAAGCAGCAGCCACGCCGCGCGGCUGCCCAACGGCCUGGGGGGCCCAAAUGGUUUCCCCAAGCCAACACCGGAGGAGGGACCCCCAGAGCUGAACCGCCAGAGCCCCAACUCCUCUUCAGCCGCGGCGUCGGUGGCGUCUCGGCGCGGGACGCACGGUGGGCUAGUGACGGGGCUGCCCAACCCGGGGGGCGGUGGAGGCCCCCAGCUCACGGUGCCCCCCAACCUGCUGCCGCAGACGCUGCUUAACGGCCCGGCCAGUGCCGCCGUGCUGCCCCCACCGCCGCCGCACGGCCUGGGCAGCCGUGGGCCCCCGACGCCCGCGCCCCCAGGGGCGCCCGGGGGCCCCGCUUGUCUGGGGGGCGCCCCAGGCGUAUCAGCCGCGUCGUCCUCAGCGUCGUCUUCCACCUCGUCGUCAGUGGCCGAGGUGGGUGUAGGUGCUGGCGGCAAAAGGCCCGGCUCGGUAUCGAGUACAGACCAGGAGCGCGAGCUGAAGGAGAAGCAGCGGAACGCCGAGGCCCUGGCUGAGCUGAGCGAGAGCCUGCGCAACCGCGCGGAGGAGUGGGCCAACAAGCCUAAGAUGGUCCGCGACACGCUGCUCACGCUGGCUGGCUGUACGCCCUACGAGGUGCGUUUCAAGAAGGACCACUCUCUGCUGGGCCGCGUCUUUGCCUUCGAUGCGGUCUCCAAGCCGGGCAUGGACUACGAGUUGAAGCUGUUCAUCGAGUACCCCACGGGCUCAGGCAACGUGUACUCCAGCGCAUCUGGUGUGGCCAAGCAGAUGUACCAGGACUGUAUGAAGGACUUCGGCCGGGGUCUCUCCUCUGGCUUCAAGUAUCUGGAGUACGAAAAGAAGCACGGCUCCGGGGACUGGCGCCUACUUGGAGACCUGCUGCCUGAGGCCGUGCGCUUCUUCAAGGAGGGCGUGCCCGGCGCCGACAUGCUGCCCCAGCCCUACCUGGACGCCAGCUGCCCCAUGCUGCCCACGGCGCUGGUGAGUCUAAGCCGCGCCCCCAGCGCGCCCCCGGGCACCGGGGCCCUGCCGCCUGCCGCCCCUUCGGGUCGGGGCACAGCUGCCAGUCUUCGCAAGAGGAAGGCGUCCCCUGAGCCCCCGGAUUCCGCCGAGGGCGCCCUGAAGCUGGGCGAGGAGCAGCAGAGGCAGCAGUGGAUGGCGAACCAGAGCGAGGCACUAAAGCUCACCAUGACGGCCGGGGGCUUUGCGGCGCCCGGGCAUGCCGCCGGAGGUCCGCCCCCACCGCCUCCGCCCCUGGGACCCCAUUCCAACCGGACCACCCCGCCCGAGUCAGCCCCCCAGAACGGCCCUUCCCCCAUGGCCGCCCUCAUGUCGGUGGCAGACACUCUGGGCACGGCGCACUCGCCCAAGGACGGCAGCUCCGUGCACUCCACCACUGCGUCCGCGCGGCGCAACAGCAGCAGCCCGGUGUCACCGGCCUCGGUGCCCGGGCAGCGCCGCUUGGCAUCACGGAACGGGGACCUGAAUUUACAGGUGGCGCCCCCGCCUCCUAGCACCCACCCGGGCAUGGACCAAGUGCACCCCCAAAACAUUCCGGAUUCCCCUAUGGCCAACAGCGGGCCCCUCUGCUGUACCAUUUGCCACGAACGUUUGGAGGACACGCAUUUCGUUCAGUGCCCAUCCGUCCCCAGCCACAAAUUCUGUUUCCCUUGCUCUAGAGAGAGUAUCAAGGCCCAGGGGGCCACCGGCGAGGUGUACUGCCCCAGCGGAGAGAAAUGCCCCCUGGUUGGGUCGAAUGUACCUUGGGCCUUCAUGCAGGGCGAAAUCGCGACGAUCUUAGCUGGAGAUGUUAAAGUGAAAAAGGAGAGAGACCCUUGAACCACAAGACAGCCACCUCCUUUGCCCCUGACCGGCUCCUCUCCGAUCCAGAGGGCCCCUCCCCCACCCCCCUCCCCCCUCCCUUCCCUCACCCCCAAGGUGUAGAAUUGUGAAUAUAACAAACUGCAAAAAGUUAGUCUUAUGUAUAGACAUUAUUUUCGUCGUAUGUUUCUAUAUUUUGAAACAAAAGGUAUGUAACUUCUUCAUUUGAAGGAUAAGCUGGUUUGUGUUAAGCAGUAUAAUAUUGGUUGGGUCAUUUGCAUCAUUUCGUUAGCAUUUAUUUGGUGGCAGAGUGUUUGCCUAGGUACCGAAUUAAUAGCCCUUAGCAACGACUGCUGCUGGUGUGUAUUUUUGUAAAUGUUAUGCACUCUCUGAAAGGAAAAAAAAAAACACAAAAGAAAAUGACUUUUUGUUUUGUUUUGCCAAGGCCAGUGUUGCUGCCUAAAAAAAAAAAAAAAAAAAAAAAAAAAAAAAAAAAAAGCUAUAAAAUGGUGAAAGCUUCUUUCUAAACAGCCCCAAGUGUUGAAGUCUUCACUUUAUUUUGUUGGUUUUGUUCCGUUUUGUUUUGUUACUCUGUUUUGUUUGCAAAAUGGUAAGGGGGAGGUGUUGGGGGGGAUGGGGUGUUUUUUGUUGCAAGUUUGUGAGGGAAAAUGUUUUGGUUUGUUUCUACUGACCUGGAUGUGUUGGAUCUUCACGUGUUGUUUUGUUUUUGUUUUAUUGAUGCACGGAUGCUUUUGAACAGUAGAGCGAAAUGCUAGACAUGGGGAGUCUGCUCUGUUUGUCCUUUAUACAUUUCUGUAGUUAACAGAACACUGUAAUGUGCCUUGGAGCUUAGUAACUUGUAAUAAAUUCAAUUGAUAUUAA